AUGAAUGGUGAAAAUUUUGAUAUCAAGGUUUUGAUUGUGGAUCAUGAUGCUGUUUCUUUGGCUUUAGUUGCCAAUUUACUCAUCGCAUGGAAAUACAAAGUUCAAACUGCCAAAGAUGCUCAUCAAGCUUUGAAAAUUCUCCAAGGAUCCAAAGGCUUAUUUGAUAUCAUAAUUUCAGAGUUCAACUUAUUAGGAAUGAAUGCCUUUGAUUUUCUAAAGCUAAUUAGAAAUGAAUUCCAUAUACCUAUAAUAAUGAUGUCUGAAGAAAAAGAAGAAAAUUUAAUCACCAAUAUUUUAAAAAAUGGAGCAGCACAUUUUAUUGCAAAACCCUUUUGUGAUGAAGACUUCAAAAACAUUUGGAAAUAUGUUAUGGAUGCAAAAGAAGAAAAACUUUUUGCAAAAAGUGAAGAACAAAAGAGUAAAAAUAAGCAUGCAAAAAGAAAGAUAAAUGACAAAGAUCAAGUAGAAGGAGGUUUUCAAGUUGCUAAGAAAACAAAGCUUGUUUGGACUCCUGAACUUCAUAAUCUAUUUAUGUUUGCUAUUAAGCAAAUUGGAUUUGAAAAGGUUGGUCCAAAGAAAAUUUUGAAGAUCAUGAAUGUACCAAACCUAACCAGGGAAAAUGUAGCUAGUCACUUACAGAAAUAUCGCAAGUUUUUGCAUGAUGUUGAAGAGAAAGGAAUGACGGGAGGAAUAUCACAAAGAGCAUUAAGGUCUACAUUUGCAUCAAAUCUUCCCGUGCCAUUAAUAAAAACUAUGCAAGAAAAAAGAACAAACAAAUUUCACACCCCGACUUUUGAAUAUUUGCAAACAUUAUCAUAUCAAACUGAAAAUCAAAACAAUGAUUUUAACCUUUUCAAUAGACUUCCAUCACACCAAGUUGAUAAUUUCCCUUAUGCACAACAAGGGUUGAAUCUUCAAUAUUUGGAUCAAAUGAGUCUUAAAAAAUCAAAUUCGGAAACCAAUGUUGGAUCGAACAAUAGUAUCUAUGACCAAAAUUUGGUUGGAAUACACUCUUGGAAUAAUUCAUUUUAUCCUGAAAAAAAUCUAUUAUAUGACGGUGGCUCUAGUUCUAGUAACUUUUUGUCGUAUGGAGGUGGACAAGGAUGGACGAUUUCUCCAACAACUUCGUCUUCAAAUCUUUUAACAAGAGACUUGAACUUCAAUGACAUGAAUCUUGUUAAUAAGUUAUUCAAAGGUGGUGAUGACAUCUCUCCUCAAGCUGAAAUCACAUCAUAUGUGAUUAAUGAGUCACCAAUAAAUUCAAACGAAAGUUCUAAAAAGUUGCAAGAAAAUAAUGGAAUUUCAAAUGAGGGAUCAUGUGAUAGAUUCACAUGGAAGAAAGACUCUAAAGAAAGUACCUCAACCAAUGAUUUGGAAUUUGAUAUGGAUGUUAUCGAAGCCUUGUUUGGUACUAUAGAUGACUAG